AUUUGUUGUGAAGGCUGAAGAUGCCAUGCAGGCAAUCAAUGUCGUUCAUGCACGGGCACUACAGAUCCCGACUCAUGUGGAACAAGAAAAUAACUUUAUUAAAGGUGGGGACCCUUAUUCGCGUCCUUUGAAUUCCCUCUAUGAUCAUCAUUAUAUUGACUUUUACUAGGACCCUGGUUGUAUUGAAUAGUUGCAUAUUGAUGUUUGGUACCAGUGAAUGUACACUGCAAGAUAUGAACCUCGACACUAUCACAUCAUUUGAUCAUAGUUUCCGCAGAAUACUGCUCAAAUCUCCUUCCAGAGUGUCAACACCUGGUCGGGAAAGGUCUAUUGAAAUGGGAUCAUCAAUCUUCGGCUGGAAUAAGCCUGCCUGCGACUCUGAUUAUAGCUAGCUUCCUUUCAUUUGGGAGAAACGUCGGGCGAUGUUAGGGCAUGGCAAUGAAUUACCAGUGAUGUGUUGGUGCGAAGGGAUGACAGGAAGGAGAGAACUGGAAAACAAUCUUCCUAGGAGCAGCAACGCUGUUGUGGUUAAUUAUAUACCGUCAAUUUUAUACUAAGUCAAG